AAAACACCCAACGUGAUUGUCACGUGCCAUUCGCUUCAUGGAGCAGUAGGGACCGAUCAAACUUUGUGGAGUGAGUGACACACCCGCUUUUAAACGCAUAGUGUUUGUGUAUGUGUAUGUACAUGAAAGAGAACACCCGGCAGCGACAAAGAUUCUACUUCAGGCAGAAUCUCAAAAGUUCUGUCUCUUAAUCGUGCGAUUACUGCUCAAAACAUUCACCUCAAUUCUUUUUUAAUCUUGUCAUUCCAUCUUGUCACUGUUUCUCCCAUUUCCUUUUUUCCUAUCAAGAAACAGCAUUUACACAUUUACGCAUUUACACAUUUACAUAAACCCUCAGCACAUCAUGUCUCGAGAGAUCUCUGCGCUCUCCACCAUAAUUGAUUCACUUGGCCCACCAAGAAAGAUAAAAUCCCGCGCUCCAAAGUAUCGUCGUGCUUCUGUCGCAAUCAUCAUUCGCAUUCGACCGGAUCACAACCGCUAUGCACAAUACAGUACCUUUCGACAACCGCAGCAGUCAAAUGAAGAGCCAAGCAGGCAACAACUUCGACCAAUCCAGGCCAUUGAAAACCCAGAGUCUGUGGACGAGUUCUUCAGCCAGGAUUGGGUCCGGACGGGUAUCCCUGAAGUCCUGUUUAUUGAGCGUGCCACCCGAAAGACAGAUCGGUGGAGUGGUCAUGUCGCUCUACCAGGAGGAAAGCGUGAGGAAGGCGACGAAGAUGAUCAGGAGACAGCAGCAAGAGAAACAAUGGAGGAAAUUGGUUUGGAUCUCUCAGAUCUAGCUCAGUUUCGAUGUCUAGGGGCUCUUGAUGAUCGGGAGCUUUGGACAUCGUUCGGACGGGUUUUUUUAAUGGUGCUCUCUCCUUUUGUGUAUAUUCAACUCUCACCAUCAACACCACCAUUGAAGCCACAACCAGAUGAGGUCGCUUCAGUUCACUGGCAGCCCCUUUCGCUGUUCCUGGACCGUCUGGAAAGACCACUAUGGACACCCAUGACUAUUAAUCUUUCUAGCAAACUGACCCCUCGUCUCUCACGGACUUUUCUUCGUGGGUUGUUCGGUACUAUGUCUUUACACUCGAUUGAGAUGCCUUAUAAACCCGAGUUUGUGGUCAGGGCAUCUUACUAUGGGCAGGAGAGGAACAAUCAAUCUGGAACAAUAGAAUCUUCAGCCUCGACACCUUCCUCAACGUCCAGUUCCAUGGUGAUUGACUAUGAGCCGGAAUGGGAUCCAGAUCAUAGGCCGCUCAAACUUUGGGGAUUGACAUUACAAAUGAUGGCUGAUUUACUAGAAUUGAAGGACGGACCUAUUCAACGGGAUAUUCCUCAAAAGGUUUGGGAUUCUAAACGUAUGAGACGACGAUUGGAUGCAGGUUUCCUUCCGAGGUUUUCACAAAUAGAUAUGCAUAUCUGGGUUAGAGCUUUGCUCAAGUUUCAUUCGUGGCAAGGUACAGAAAAGAAAAAAGCUACUCAGUCCAACAGAGUGGGAUCGUGGGAAAGCUACUAUCGGUUGGUCAAGCAAGCGUUCUUGUUUGUGAUUUUAGGUCGUGUGGUGGCACUUGCAGUACUAGUGAAGCUUUUAAAGGCUCCGCUUUUGAGAGCUAUUCAGGGACCUUCGGCUCCGGCAAGACGUUAACGAACACUUCAUUCACUUCCCAGACUAUCUUUUCCUCCCCUUCUUUAGCCGUAAUAAAGAUUAUAGAAACAC